GGGACCUGUAAGGGUGCAAGUCGGUAUGGUUAGGACAUUUGUGAAGAAUGAAAUGGGAGAAAAAUUCCCGGGGAAAGCUGGACUGAAGGAUGAAGAGCCGACAACAAAGAAUGUGGUGUACUUCUUCGACAAAAUGCUGACAUGCACGAGACAGGAGCUCGACAAGAAAUGGUUCAAACACCUUGCCUCGUACCUAGUUGUGAUGUGUGGUGAUGAUUUUCGGAAAGAAUUUGGGCCGAAUGGAAGGCUAACAGUUACUGGUUGGGUUUGCUUGAGCCGAAUGAUCACUUACAAGGAAGGGCUCAUGUACGGUUCAUGGAAGAUCAGGUGGCGCCAUGUCUUUGAUGUGCGCUUUGUGCUUGCCUUGAUGUACAACUCAUACAGUCUAGAUUUCGAAUUCAUGAAUACAAUGAUGAGCUUUGAGGCGCUUGGAUAUAGGCUUCAGUGGACCAAGAAGUGCCAUACCACAAUUCGUGGUCUCUCUAUGUUGUUGAUGUCGACGAGAAGACGCUACUUGUUAAGGACCCGUGCGAGACCUCAAAUGGAGAGGACGCCAUGAAACUGAAGCACGAAGAUAAUGCAAACCACAUCAUCGAGGGACUCCGUCGAUGCAUCCAUGAAAACAUUGCAGGCUGGUAUGUGCCAGGUCAAGGGUGGAGGGUGAACUACAAUGUAGGGAUGCACCCCAACAGCGAAAUGUGCGUGCGCUUCUCUGAUAAUUGCAAAACUACUUAGCAGAUGUUGUUAAAAUAAGAUUUUGAACUGGUUCAACUAAAAUUUGUGCAGCCAUGACAGCCACCUGCAUGUGGUGAACUACAUCAGGGAGUUCACGGGCCUGUACAUCUACAAUCCUCUCACACCGGUACGUGCAGUGUUCAUGAUGCUCCAUACACUAUUUUUGAAACGAGUUGUAAGAGGAAUCAUGGACAACUAGUGAUGCUGACGUAGAUUACUGCUGCCAAAUUUCAGAAUCGCCUACACUACUUCCGGCAGAUGAUUGCUUACGAGGUCAUUUCAAUGAGGGGAAACAAAGCAGAGCUACCUGAUUUUAUGCUAGAGGUGGUGCCAUUCUGAAGAAAGGAAACAAAGAAGAUUGCAAGAUGUCUGGAUUCACCAGCUCCAUCAAGUAGUAAACGCUGGACAGGGAACAUUAGCUACCAUCCCAAAGUACUUCAACCCGUGUGGUAGUGGUUCCAUCACUUUUCGGUUUGCUGCAAAAGUUUGCGAGACUAGUCCAUGAAGCGGCGCGACAUGGUGGAAAUGUUAGCUG